CUACCAGCUCUUUCACCACAAAAAAUCUUGCUACCUGUCCAUCGCAGAAAUGUCACAUAUCAAUCAUAAUUUAAUGGCUUGACCCGAAUAACUCGAACAAAGAACGAUGUUCUACAACGCCCUCAUCCGAACCCACCAUAUCACCUCCCGCAAAAAGGUGUCUGCGCUGAAACGCGCAGCCGAUAUACACAAUUGCUUCGUGCUUCUACGCUCCGGUGGUUGUCCAGGGAUAAUGUAUGUCGAGGCGAGAGACCAAAUCGCUGUUGAGUCUUGGGUGACUGUCGUUCGAAAACUUCGGUACAAGGAUUUUCAACUAGCCACGCGACCAGGACCCCUCCACGACGAGAAUCAGACAAACCUUCGUGAUCAGAAGCAGUCACACCACCAGACAAAAAUGAGGGAUAUAAGAGCCGGUGUAUCUGAGGUAGAAACCGUCAAGGAGUUUGGGAGUUUAAUGGAACAACGAGGUGUCUGGAAAUGGUGGAGAAAGGGGAUGGGAUACGUUGGUUGAUUUUGCGAUCGCUGCAAGCGCAUACUCCACUCAUGGACUGGGCUCUCCUGAUGGCUACCUAUUCCCUUGGAUAUCAUUCAGCCUGGCACUCUGCAAGAUCUGAGACCCUGGACUCGCGGUUCUGAAACCAGCAUACUAGUCAUCACAAUUAGAUGC